AUGACAAAAUGUGAAAUAACUAUUACUUAUGCCACAUCUUCUAACUUAAUGAUUGAUCCACGAACAGGAGAUUUUAUGCUUGUCAUUGAUUUUAUGCGAGAUGGAGAUUUACGUCAUUUUCUGCUAAAUCAGCAAUUAAGUUCUUCCGAUAAAUUAUAUAUCCUGCUGGGUAUUGCAGAGCAAUUAGGAAAAAUUCACAAACAGAAAAUUAUUCAUAGGGAUCUUCACAGUGGCAACAUACUUAUUUAUAAUCAAAAAACUGAUUCUCCGACUAUAGCAAUUAACGAUUUUGGGAUAAGCCGUCCAGCAAAUGAAUCAUCAGAUAAUGAAGUAUAUGGUGUCAUUCCAUAUAUUGCACCGGAAAUAUUGAGAGGGAGGAAAUUCACUACAGCAUCAGAUAUAUAUAGUUUUGGGAUGAUGAUGUGGGAAAUUACGAGUGGUCAAAAACCAUUUUCUGAUUAUAGUCAUGAUGCACACCUAAUCUAUAAUAUUUGCAAUGGUCUUCGCCCACCGAUCAUUAAUGGCACACCACAACCAUUUAUUGAAUUGAUGAUAAAAUGUUGGGAAACUGAUCCAUCAAAAAGACCGACCGCAGAUACGAUUGCAGUUAUUCUUGAUAAGAUGAGGUAUUCAACCGAACUUCCUAGAAUUAAAGCCUCAGAAAUUGCAGUCCAUCCAGAUGCUGUAUUUAAAAGCCGGCCAUUAAGUUCCCUGAUAAAGACAGCAUCAACGCUACAUUACACUCAACUAAAUUGUUUAUCAGUUACAGAUUACGUUACUAAAGAAAAUUUAUUUAAUAUAAUGAAUGAAAGUCCUAUGUCAGAUGUUGAAUCGUUUAUUAGUAAAAUUGAUCAUCAUGAAAAAAAUGACGAGGUUUUUUAUCCAUAUCAAUAUGAUAAUCUUAUCCCUGAAAAAGUUUUGAAUAAUGAAGGUCAAUCAUUUAAUAACCAUGAAAAUACGGAAGAUGGAGAUAAAAAUGUUACUAAAGAAACUUUACUUGACAUUAUAAGCGAAAAAAGUACAUCACAUCAUAAAUCUAAUAAAGCCAAUCAACAUCCAAAGAUGAAUUUAAUCUCCCUUUUGAACGAUCAAGAUUCGAAUGACCAAGGCUUUUAUUUUUGUCAAUGUGACAGUCUUAAUUUUGAAAAUAUUUAUCAAAAUGAUAAUAUUUCACUCACUAAAGAUGAUCAAUGUUCUGCAAUGGAAUUAGUGCCUUUUCAGUGUUCAAUGACUAAUUUAAUGCCUCUUCAGUGCACCACAACGAAUUUAAUGCCUUUUCAAUACUCCGCAACGGAUUUAAUACCUUUUCAGAAUGAUCACCAUUUUUACUAUAAUUGUUCCAGCACUUUAAGCUCCGAAAAUUUCUUAAACAAUAAUCAAGUCCAGAUAUUUGAUUAUAAUCAAAUUGCAUAUUCAAUGCAACAUAAUAAUGAAGGUGAUCAAUAUCAACAUAAUGCACUACAGUAG